AUGCAUACACUGAGGGAACCUGAACUUUACAACUGCACUACUGGAGAUAUUCGUCUGUAUGGUGGUACUUAUUACUAUGGUGAAGUACAAGUUUGUAUUGGAGGAAUAUGGGGUUCAGUAUGUAGAGAUAGCUUUUGGGAUAACAAUGAUGCUAAUGUGGUCUGUAAGCAGUUAGGAUUUCUCCCUAUGUUCAUGGUUCUACAUAUUCUAACUGUACUGAUGGACAAGUCAGACUAUUUGGAGGUUCAACAGAUUAUGAAGCACUCAUUUUGUGAACAUGGUGAUAUCAGAUUAGUAGGCAGUACUAAUCCACUGAUAGGACGAGUUGAAGUAUGUGUCAAUAACACAUGGGGUACUAUAUGUGAUGAUUACUGGGAUAACAAUGAUGCCAGUGUAGUAUGUAGACAACUUGGAUUUCCAGGAGACGGUGCUAGUGCUCUUAUUGGUUCAUAUACAGAGUGUGCUAAAUCAUUUCAUAUAAUUGACCUGAACUGUAAUGGAACUGAAAAUAAUAUAUUUAAUUGUUCUUAUAACAACAUUCAACAACAUAGUUGUUAUUAUUAUGAAGAUGCUUAUGUUCAAUGUCAAGCUCCAAACACAGGUGAUAACUGUACUAAUGGUGACAUCAGGUUAAAGAAUGGAGACACAGACUAUGAAGGCAGAGUUGAAGUAUGUUAUGGUGGUGUGUGGGGAUCAGUGUGUCCUAGUUCAUGGGACAGUAAUGAUGCUAAAGUUGUAUGCAGACAACUAGGAUACAUAACUAUUGGUGACAGAAGGUACAAUGACUUUGGUCGAGUUGAGGUUUGUAUUAAUGGUACAUGGGGUACUAUUUGUGAUGACUACUGGGAUAAUACUGAUGCUAGUGUGGUCUACUCAAACAUUACCUAUUCUAACUGUACUGAUUAUAAAGUUCAGCUAGUAGAUGGACCAAGUCUGAAUGAAGGAAGACUUCUAAUGUGUAUCAAUGGAGUCUGGGGAACAUUCUGCAGUAGUGGCAUUGACUAUAAUGAUGCUGGAGUGAUAUGUCUUGAUCUGGGUUAUCAAACAGAUUGUACAGAUGGAGACAUACAGAUCAUUCCUUAUAACAGUUACAACAAACAGAUGGGUCGUGUUGAAGUAUGUGUUAAUGGAACAUGGGGUACUGUUUGUAGUGAUUUCUUUGAAGAUUAUGAUGCCAAAGUUGCAUGUAGACAGCUAGGUUAUUCUGACUUAGUUCAAUGUAAACAUGGUAAUAUACGUCUUGCUGGCUCAAGUUAUAGUACAAUAGGUAGAGUAGAGUUGUGUCUUAAUGGAACUUGGGGUACUGUCUGUAGUAACAGUUUUGAUGAUAAAGAUGCCAGUGUUGUAUGUAAACAGUUAGGAUACUCUCCUUAUGAUACUAAUUAUACUGUUGACACAUCUUGUAAUAAUGGUGAUGUUCGUUUGGUUGGUGGUAUCAAUGAAGAAGAAGGUAGAGUAGAGAUAUGUUAUAAUAAGAUCUGGGGAUCUGUAUGUCAUAAUUCCUGGAGUACUUAUGAUGCUAAUGUUGUAUGUAAACAACUUGGAUAUCAACCUACAGCUACCAGUUACAAAAAGGUAGAACGACUAGAGAACCUUACUAGUGAUAGCAACAGAUUAGGUUCUACUGAAGUGAUUGCAAGUGUUACUGUUCUGAUAACAGCUACAAAAGAUGUGUCAGGAAAUCUUAGUUCCUCAUCUUAUUAUGGAGCUGUUGAUGUCUGCUUCAAUAAUUCUUGGGGUAGUCUUUGUACUGACUUCUGGGAUAACAAUGAUGCAAGUGUGGUCUGUAAACAACUAGGUUAUUCUCCAUAUGGUUACUCAUAUGGCUAUGUUGGUAGUUUGGGAUUCUCACAAGGCACUGGACCUAUUCUACUUGGAUAUUUGUAUUGUAGUGGAACAGAAGCUAACUUGGUGAAGUGUAAUCAGAAUUAUCAGUACACUCAUACUUACUAUAAAUGCCAAAAUCACUACUAUGACGGAGCUGUUAAGUGUGAAUCUUUUUGUAAGAACGGUACAAUACGACUUAGAGGAGGAGGAUCAUAUUAUGGCAGAGUAGAAGUAUGUAUAAACAAUAUUUGGGGCACAAUAUGUAGUGACUUUUGGGACUAUGAAGAUGCCAGUGUUGUUUGUGGUCAACUUGGAUACUCCAAAUAUGUGACUUUUGGGGCUAUGAAGAUGCCAGUGUUGUCUGUGGUCAACUUGGAUACUCCAAAUAUGCUUUUUUGUAAGAAUGGUACAAUACGACUUAGAGGAGGAGGAUCAUAUUAUGGCAGAGUAGAAGUAUGUAUAAACAAUAUUUGGGGUACAAUAUGUAGUGACUUUUGGGACUAUGAAGAUGCCAGUGUUGUUUGUGGUCAACUUGGAUACUCCAAAUAUGCUUUUUGUAAGAACGGUACUGUACGACUUAGAGGAGGAGGAUCAUAUUAUGGCAGAGUAGAAGUAUGUAUAAACAAUAUUUGGGGUACAAUAUGUAGUGACUUUUGGGACUAUGAAGAUGCCAGUGUUGUCUGUGGUCAACUUGGAUACUCCAUAUAUGGAGAAAUUCGUUUAGUUGAUGGAACAGAAGAGUAUGAAGGAAGACUUGAAGUGUGCAUCAAUCAAGUCUGGGGAACAGUGUGUAGUAGAUAUUGGUAUAACACUGACACAAAAGUAGCUUGUAGACAACUUGGACAUCAAGUACUAGCUUUUUGUAAGAAUGGUACAGUACGACUUAGAGGAGGAGGAUCAUAUUAUGGCAGAGUAGAAGUAUGUAUAAACAAUAUUUGGGGUACAAUAUGUAGUGACUUUUGGGACUAUGAAGAUGCCAGUGUUGUUUGUGGUCAACUUGGAUACUCCAAAUAUGGCUCAGUUACGUAUACAACUGCUAGUCAAUUUGGACAAGGAACAGGUCCAAUACUUAUUUAUUCAUUGCAUUGCUCUGGACAAGAAUCAAACCUUCUUGACUGUCUUUAUCAACCAAUUCCUUAUUCAUCAUGUUCACAUUACUAUGAUGUCGGAAUCAAAUGUGAAGUACGUCUGUAUAGUGAGUCUGGUAGUUAUUUUAGGAGAUACGGUCGAGUAGAAAUUUGUGUAAACAAUGUCUGGGGUACUGUAUGUGAUGACUUCUGGGAUGACAAAGAUGCCAGUGUAGUCUGUAGAAUGUUAGGAUACUCACCUCAUGGGGCAUCAGCACAGACUAAUGCAUACACUGAGGAAACCUGGUAUGUUCAUAUCAAUGAUUUGAACUGUACUGGAGAGGAAGAGUCUAUUUGGGACUGUCCACAAAAUGGAUUGAGUGAGUAUUCUUGUUAUCACUAUCAAGAUGCUUCAGUAAUAUGUCAAUUGGCUCAAAUAUCAUUUUCUAACUGUACUACUGGUGACAUCAGACUGACAGAUGGAGCAACACAAUAUGAAGGAAGAGUAGAAAUGUGUAUAAAUGGAGUCUGGGGAACUCUCUGUGAUAACGGAUGGGACACUACAGAGGCUUAUGCUGUCUGUCAUCAGUUAGGAUAUGAAGUUCAUGGUUCUACAUAUUCUAAUUGUACUGAUGGACAAAUCAGACUAUUUGGAGGUUCAGAAGAUUAUGAAGGCACUGUAGAGAUUUGUAUCAACAAUGCUUGGGGUACUAUAUCUGACUAUGGAUGGGGAUAUGAAGAAGCUCAGACUGUUUGUAAUAUCUUGGGAUACACUGCCCCAGCAUUUUGUGAACAUGGUGAUAUCAGAUUAGUAGGCAGUACUAAUCCACUGAUAGGACGAGUUGAAGUAUGUGUCGAUAACACAUGGGGUACUAUAUGUGAUAAUUACUGGGAUAACAAUGAUGCCAGUGUAGUAUGUAGACAACUUGAAUUUCCAGGGGAAGCCCCAGACACAACAGAUAAUUGUACAAAUGGUGAAAUAGAAUUGAUGGAUGGAGACCAGAGUAUGAAGGUAGAGUUGAAGUAUGUUAUGGUGGUGUCUGGGGAUCUGGUGUGUCCUAGUUCAUGGGACAGUAAUGAUGCUAAAGUUGAGCAGCUCCUGCAGCAGCUUUUGGAAAAGGUGUUGGUCCAGUACACUUUGCAAAUUUUUAUUGCUCUGGCAGUGAGAACAACUUACUUGAAUGCUCAUUUAACAUUUAUUCAUGGUGUUAUUAUUCAUAUCAUGCUGGUGUUAAAUGUGAAGGCUCCUUGUAAACAUAGAGAUGUUCGUCUAAAAGGUGACAGAAGGUACAAUAACUUUGGUCGAGUUGAAGUUUGUAUUAAUGGUACAUGGGGAACUAUUUGUGAUGACUACUGGAAUAAUACUGAUGCUAGUGUGGUCUGUAGACAACUAGGAUUUUCACCUUAUG